AGUAGUCCAUUCCAACGACAUACAGAAUGGCUGACGCACCUGCUCCCGCUCGCGGCGGAUUCGGAUCUCGUGGAGACCGUGGUGGUGACCGUGGCCGUGGCCGCGGCCGUGGACGUGGUCGUCGUGGCGGCAAGUCCGAGGAGAAGGAGUGGCAGCCCGUUACCAAGCUCGGCCGUCUCGUAAAGGCCGGCAAGAUCAAGAGCAUGGAGGAGAUCUACCUCCACUCCCUCCCCAUCAAGGAGUACCAGAUCGUCGACUUCUUCCUCCCCAAGCUCAAGGACGAGGUUAUGAAGAUCAAACCCGUCCAGAAGCAGACCCGUGCCGGUCAGCGUACCCGCUUCAAGGCUAUCGUUGUCAUCGGUGACUCCGAGGGCCACAUUGGUCUCGGUAUCAAGACCUCCAAGGAAGUCGCGACCGCUAUCCGCGCUGCCAUCAUCAUCGCCAAGCUCGCCGUCGUCCCCAUCCGUCGUGGUUACUGGGGUACCAACCUUGGUGAGCCUCACUCGCUCCCCACCAAGGAGUCCGGAAAGUGCGGUUCCGUCACCGUCCGUCUCAUUCCCGCUCCCCGUGGUACCGGUCUCGUUGCCUCGCCCGCUGUCAAGCGUCUCUUGCAGUUGGCUGGUGUCCAGGACGCGUACACCGCCUCCACUGGUUCUACCAAGACCCUUGAGAACACACUGAAGGCUACCUUCGUCGCUGUUGCCAACACAUACGGAUUCCUUACCCCCGACCUGUGGCGCGAGACCGCUCUCACAAGGUCUCCUCUCGAGGAGUACAGCGACAUCCUUCGCGAGGGCAAGAAGUACUAAAUGUACAGCGGUGAGGCUACGGUUCUUUUUCAGCAUUCCUGGGUUAUGGCGUGAGGUAAUGCAUGGGCCCCGCCUAUACAAUCAAUAGGUAUGGGACGUCCGGCACGAAAUGAAAACUCCAUUACGACCUUCCAUAUUUGUUCUGCUUUACUACUGCCCUCGUGAAUCGCCUUUGUAUCCAACCCAGUAUACUUGCAUGCUUCCACAGAAGAGAACAUACAACAGCCUUG